AUGGCGACGGCGGGCGGCUCUCCCUGGCGGACUUUGGGCAGGAAUUUAUGGAAGUGGUGCCGUACGUGGGACGCGGAAAAGCGAAAAAACACGAAAAUCGUUGUCGGCACCCUCGUCAUCGCGGGCACCCUUUGGUCCUGCGGCAGACGCGUUCCUGGAGGAUACGUGGGAUUCAUUCAGUGCCGCGACGGGACCGUGACGCCGUAUCUGUGGGAAGAGCAAGCGGUUUUUCCUUUUAUCCCCUACUUCCAGAAGCCCGUUGUGGUGCGUGUGCUGCCCGCCUACAAGAAAAUGAGCAAGAUUCUCAAGACGAAGGAUGGGAAAGAAAUCGAAGCUUCGGUGAAGGUUCGUCUGCAGCCGAAGGUGGCGUUUGUCCCUGAGAUUUACCUUCGCUUCGGACGCGAGUUCGGUCGGGCCUUUCUGCAUGAAGAGUUGAGCAUCGAUCUGCGGAGCGUCGUGAAGGAGCACACCUACGCAGAGCUGAUCAAAAACGACGAAGCCACGGACGCGAUCGUCGACGACCUCGUCGAGCGCUUCCAAGACGCCGCGGCCUUCCACAAGGUCAUCAUCACAGAAGUCAGCGUCGUAUUCAGAAACCCCGAAGACGACGAGGAGGAGGAAGUGAAGCCGCUCUGA